AUGGAGCGUGGGGUUGGUACUCGUGGUGAUUUCGCUAGAGAACAUGGUGGCACAUCUAGUCCGGGUGGCUUUAAAAAAUUAAAAGGUUCAGUGGCUGGUACAGUGGUAUCAACACUCGGUGGUCUUCCCCUCCUCUGCCGGCGACCCCAACGUCCCCCAUUAGUGCCGCGCCCCGGCUACGCCGCCCUUGCAGCCCUCCCGCCCGGCCGCUGCCUCCUUCGUCGGUGGCCCCUCCAACCCCAGCCUCCCCUUCUUGUCCUUCGACAUCGGCUCCGCCCCCUCCAGUUUACCCUUUCUGCCCCUGUCUUUGCCUCCGCUGCCGGCGGCCCCCUCUCCACCGGCAUUGUCUCCUUCGAUGACGAGACCCCUCUCCUCGAGGAGCUCGGCAUCAACACCCGCCAGAUCUGGCGCCCGACCGCCUCCAUCCUCAACCCCUUCCGUGUUAACCCUGACCUCCACGAGGACGGCAACAUUUCUGACCCCUUCCUCUUCCUCAUGGCCUUCAGCCUCUUCUCGCUCCUCGCCGGCAAGUUCCACUUCGGCAUCAUCCUCGGCUGGGUCAUCGUCGCCGCCCUCUUCAUUUACGUCGUCUUCAACAUGCUUGCCGGCCGCCGCCCUCUUCCUUUAGCUCGUGAUUGA